AUGAAUAAUUGCCAAUUUUAAAACUAAAUCGAUUAUGCUAACAAUAUGUUUGAUGAUGAAUCAAAUUAGAAUAUUUUAGUAAAGACAAAAGCUAACCUUAAAAAAUAGUAGAGCAUUAGUGCAUCUACUUAAGAAUAGAGUGACUAUUCUGAAAUCUCAUACAUUGAACAAGAUUCAACAAUUCCAGAUAUAGAAGUUGAUUAAUAUUUAUAUAAUAUUAAUCUCAGACACUAUCCAACUUUCUAGUAAGAAGAAUUCAUUCAUAAUUUUUUAUCUCAUAAUACAAUCUCAAAACUUAAAAUGGGACUUACUAAUGAAUUAGCAAAUGAUGAAUAAACUAAAAAGUUUGAAGAAUGGAUUUUCAGUUUAAGAAAUAGAAAUGGGCAGAAUUUAGCAAGAGAAUUAAAAGUUAAGAAAUAUUUAGAAAAGAAAAGGAACAGAACUUAUGAAAAAAGAGUUCAUUAUUAAGUGAGAUAAAAGGUGGCAGAAGAAAGAAUGAGAAUCAAAGGAAGAUUUAUAACUUGGAGAUAGGUAAUAAGUAUUUUCUAAAAAUAGGCUGUUAAAAUGUUAGAUGCAGAUUAAUCAAAGAAGCAAUGGACAUAUAAUGAUUAUUUUAGAAUCAAGGCUUUGUUAUACUCAAAAUACAACUUGGUUAAUAAUCUCUGA